UUACGCGACAAACAGUAACACGAUGCCAGCGUCCGUCCAACUGCCUCGAUAUAAACAAGACUUCAUUCCUCUGAAUUAAUCAAUAAAUGAAUCAUAAUAUGAUUUACGGGCUUGUGUCCAGACUCGGGACUUCCGGAGAAUGAGCCGGUGGUCUUUGAACGGCUCAAUAUGGCUGCUGCUCGGACUCUGCAGGAGUUUGUAUCCGCCGCUGCCUCUCUGCACCCCGACAGAGCAGCUGUGACAUAUGACAGCGGGUCAGAGUCAGACAGCCCGGUGUCUUUGCUCUACAGAGAUCUGGUUCAACUGUCCGGUGAACUGUCUCAUAUCCUACGACAGACCUGCUCUCCUAAUAACGGCCUGAUCGGACUGUAUUGUUGUGAUGAUGUAUUCAUACCUGUGUGGAUUCUGGGGAUCCUGCAGACACCUGCUGCUUAUGUCCCUCUGGACCCAGAAGCUCCAGGACUCCUCUCUGCCAGAGUCAUGACCCAGUGUGGCCUUAAGUACUGUGCUGUGAAGACCGACACCCUGCAGCAAUUCCAGGCAGCUCUCGCCCAACAUGUGUCUGUGGAGGUUUGUGUGGUGUUGCCAAAGUUCAAACUCACCCUGAUACGAGUUGAGCUGCUGCCAGUCGCUGAGCACCGACCAGGACCAGAGCAAACCGGAGCUCAGACAGCAGAUGGUGCUGGUUUAAAGGAGGCUGUGCACAAAGACUUGGCGUAUGUGCUGCACACAUCUGGAACUACUGGCCUUCCGAAGAUCGUGAGGGUGCCACACAAGUGUAUACUCCCCAAUAUACAGCACCUGAGAUCUUUGUUUCAGAUGAGUGCAGACGAUGUGGUUUUCCUCGCCUCGCCCUUGACCUUUGACCCCUCUGUGGUGGAUAUGUUCCUGGCCUUAUCAUCCGGGGCUCAGCUCCUCAUCGUCCCCACUGUGAUCAAGAAAAUGCCCAGUCGACUGGCUCGACUUCUGUUCAGGAAUCACAAGACGACCGUCCUGCAGGUCACACCGACACUGCUCAGCCGCUUCGGGCGCCGUAUCCUAAAACAGGAAGUGUUGUCAUCUGGCUCCUCGUUGCGUGUGUUGGCUCUGGGUGGAGAGGCCUGCCCCUCGCCAGCUCUGCUGAGGAGCUGGAGGCACGAGGACAACAAAACCCACAUCUACAAUAUCUACGGUGUCACUGAAGUGUCCUGCUGGGCCUGCUCUUAUAAAAUACCAGAGUCUCUACUGCAGUCUGACAACCUCACGUCGUCCUUUGUGCCUCUUGGGACUCCCCUGAUGGACACAGUGGUGGAAGUAAGAGAUGAACACGGCCGAAUUGUUACAGAGGGCGAAGGUCAGGUGUUCAUAGGUGGAGAGGACAGAGUGUGUCUCCUGGAUGAUGAGGAGACCGUCGUCCCCGGGACGAUGAGAGCAACUGGAGACUGGGUGAAUGUUGAAGACACGCAGCUGUACUACCUGGGACGCAGAGACAGGCUGAUCAAACGCCACGGCAAACGAGUCAACUUGGACAGCCUGCAGCAGCUUAUACAGAGUCUGCCCCAGGUGGAGGCCUGUGCCGUGGUUCUGCAAGAAGCCUCUCGACUGCUCGCCUUUGUCGUGGCGUCCACAUCUGGAGACCAAAAAGCAGAUUCUCCUCUCACAUCUGUACUGGGGCAUGCGGAACAAACAGCCUCAGCCGAGCGUGGUGAAGACCUCCCCUCUGCAGUAAAGCACUGUCAGGAGGAGCCGGGUGGCACAGACGGAGAUCUGAGCAGACUCAUCCUGAACCAGCUGUCUCUGCUGCUGCCGUCUUACAGCGUUCCCGACACGCUGCUGCUGGUCCCGGCCUUGUGUUUGACUCCUCAUGGAAAAGUGGACGUGAAGGCACUUCUAGAUAUUUACCAAAGACAGAGACGGUGUUUAGAGUCUUCACGGGGCGAUUUCAACAAACUGAAGCAAACUCUGCAGUCCUUGUGGCAGAAAGCUCUAGAUCUGCCUGAAGAUGAAACCAUCAACGAGGAAUCCAACUUCCUGUUGAGUGGAGGAGAUUCUCUGAAGGCACUACACCUGUGUGAAGACAUCCUCACUGCUGUGGGAGCGACCUCACCGGAGCUUUUGGAGGUUAUACUUGACGGGACCUUCUCAGACGUGCUGCGGCACGCUGAGAGAGUUACACUGAUGGUGCCACUUGAGAACAGCCGGUCUUCUCCGUCUGAGGCCAAGAAACGCCACUCUGACGCUCCCCCUGUGGUGCCAGCAAAGAGAGGACGCACAGAUUCCACAGCAGCAGAGAGGCCGCAGGGGGAGACUUGGGCUGUUAAAGUUAUAAGACGAGCAGGAGAGGUGAUGGAGAUGCAAAACAGACGUCCACAGACUAAUGGAAGCUUUAAGGCUGAUGCACCUGGCGUGAAGGAUCCCAGUAAAAAAUGCAGAGAUGAUGUUCUGGGCCUCAGUCUGAGCUGGUCCUCAGACACAGGCAGAUGUGUGGACGCCUCCCCAGUGCUUCUGGUACAACACAGAACAGAUGUGAAGUCAGCAACAGUGUUCAUCGGCUCCCACUCUCACAGGAUCCAGGCUUUAGACCUGACCACCGGGAGCCUUCUGUGGGAGCGAGUUCUUGGGGACAGAAUCGAAGCCUCAGCCGCGGUGUCUCGCUGCGGGAGCCUCGUGGUCAUAGGUUGCUACGAUGGCUGUGUGUAUUUCCUGUGUGCCACGUCUGGAGAGACACGGUGGACGUUUAAGACGGGAGACGCUGUGAAGAGCUGUCCUGCUGUGGAUCCCCUCACAGGUCUGGUGAUAGUCGGCUCACAUGAUGGACACGUUUACGCCCUGGACCCAAAGGUCCAGCAGUGUGUUUGGAGGCGUCACUGUGGGGGUGGAGCUGUGUUUUCCUCACCCUACCUCCACACGUCACUCAGACGGCUGUAUGCAGCGUCACUGGGAGGUCACCUCCUCUGUCUUAACCCUGACAGCGGAGAGGUCCUGUGGUCGUACCGUAGAGACACCCCGUUCUUCUCUUCACCAAACGCCUCCUCUGGUCAGGUGGUGAUCGGAUCGGUGGACAAAAACAUCUGCUGCUUCAGCAACUCAGGGACACUGGUUUGGCAGUUUUUAACAGAGGGACCCGUCUUCUCCUCUCCGUGCGUCACGCCAGACCGGCAGAGGGUUCUGUGUGGAUCACAUGACGGCCAUCUGUACUGUUUGAACUGUGACGACGGCUCUUUAGUUUGGACGUUCCAGACCACAGGGAAGGUGUACUCCAGUCCGUGUGUGUUUGAUGGCUCUGUCGUGGGCAGGAGGGGGAAUCUGGUGGCUGUGGCCUCCACAGAUGGCACAGUGUGGGUCUUAGAUGAACAAGAUGGACGAAUGCUGGCGUCGUUCACUCUACCCGGGGAGCUGUUUUCAUCCCCAGUGGUGUUUGAACGCUCCCUCGUAGUCGGGUGCCGCAAUGACUAUGUGUACUGUCUAAAGCUGACUGUCAAAGAGGAAACACAGAAGGAUGAGGUGUAUUUCUCUUUUUUGUAAUAAACACUGAUUGCUUUUCAA